GAAAGUGGAAGCAGUUCUAUGAACAACAACGACCACUUGAUUCCAACAGGCGGUGCUAUUUUUUGAGAAAAUCUUUAAAUAUAUAAAAAUUUGUAUUAAUUGGGUUAUGUAGUAGUGUUAGUGGCGACAGAUUCUUUGGUUGCCAUGUCUGAGUCUCUCACCAUUAAAAUAAUUUGAUCCAGUUGUCGGCAUCUUUGAGAUUUUGCUGGUAAUUUACUAUAACGCACUCGAGUUGACUCACUAGAGUCCACAGAGUUAACAAGUUCCUCUGAUUGAAACAAACAAAUAUUUCAUUUCGGCUGAAACCAGAAGAAAAAAAUCGAUUUUUGUGAGAGUUUGUUAUAGAUGGGAGGUCAAUGCUCUAACCUAGGUCGGAAAUCAUCACACAAGACAGCUGUUGUUGAAGCUCCGUGUGUUGAUACAGAAAAUGGAGAGAAGAGUGAUGUGCCUGUCUUCCGGGAGUACACACUAGAACAGCUUAAGUCGGCCACUUGUGGUUUUGCUGUGGAGUAUAUUGUAUCUGAGCAUGGAGAAAAGGCUCCUAAUGUCGUCUAUAAAGGCAAACUCGACAACCAAAAGAAGAUUGCUGUCAAGCGUUUCACCAGAAUGGCCUGGCCUGAUGCAAGACAGUUCCUAGAGGAAGCGAGGUCGGUUGGGCAGCUGCGGAGUGAGAGAAUGGCCAAUUUACUCGGCUGUUGCUGUGAAGGUGACGAGAGGUUGCUUGUUGCAGAGUUUAUGCCCAAUGAAACCUUAGCCAAACACCUUUUUCAUUGGGAAACGCAACCUAUGAAAUGGACAAUGAGGUUACGAGUUGUUUUAUACCUAGCACAAGCUCUUGAAUACUGCACUGACAAAGGCCGUAUUCUUUAUCAUGACCUCAAUGCCUACCGGGUUUUAUUUGAUGAGGAUUGCAAUCCAAGACUUUCUACUUUCGGCUUGAUGAAGAACAGUCGGGAUGGCAAAAGUUACAGCACAAAUCUUGCUUUCACCCCUCCUGAAUAUCUACGAACUGGAAGAAUUACUCCAGAGAGUGUGAUAUACAGCUUUGGCACUCUUCUGCUUGAUCUUCUCAGCGGAAAACAUAUACCUCCUAGCCAUGCCCUUGAUCUGAUCAGAGACCGGAAUCUCCAGACGCUAACUGAUUCUUGCCUAGAUGGGCAAUUCUCUGACAGCGAUGGUACAGAGCUAGUACGACUUGCUUCUCGUUGUCUUCAGUACGAAGCCCGUGAGAGGCCAAACCCAAAAUCUUUGGUCACUGCCCUGACACCUCUUCAGAAGGACACAGAGGUCCCAUCCCAUGUUCUUAUGGGUCUGCCCCACAGUGGUUCGGUGUCUCCUCUGUCCCAUCUUGGUGAGGCUUGUUCAAGAAGGGAUCUGACCGCUAUGCUUGAGAUCUUGGAUCAACUUGGAUACAAAGACGACGAGGGUAUAACCAACGAGCUCUCGUUUCAAUUGUGGACAGACCAGAUGCAAGAGUCUCUGAACUCGAAGAAGAAGGGUGAUGUGGCUUUCAAGCAGAAAGACUUUAGAGAGGCCAUUGAGUGUUACACGCAGUUCAUAGAUGGAGGAAUGAUAUCUCCAACAGUCUGUGCACGCCGUAGCCUGAGUUACCUAAUGAGUGACAUGCCAAAAGAAGCUUUAGAUGAUGCAAUUCAAGCACAAGUGAUCUCUCCCCUGUGGCAUGUGUCGUCCUAUCUCCAAUCUGUUUCUCUUGCCUUACUAGGAAUGGAGAAAGAAUCUCAAAUGGCACUCAAAGAGGGCUCAAGCCUUGAAGUUAAGAGGGAUUCAGCUUCCCAACUGAAGUAA